CCGGAGUCGCUGCGGCUGGUGGACUUGCUGAACAUGUGCGUGGACGUGACGAAGGGCUGCCGCUACCUGGAGGAGAUGCACUUCGUGCACCGCGACCUCGCCGCGCGCAACUGCCUCGUGUCGCACCGCGCCGCCGGCAGACUCGUCAAGAUCGGCGACUUCGGCCUCGCCAGGGACAUCUACAAGAACGACUAUUACAGGAAGGAGGGGGAAGGACUUUUGCCCGUGCGAUGGAUGGCCGUGGAGUGCUUAGUGGAUGGUAUAUUUUCGUGUCAGUCCGACGUGUGGGCGUGGGGCGUCCUAUGUUGGGAGAUCCUGUCGCUGGGCCAGCAGCCGUACCCGGCGCGCACCAACCG